AGAUGGUAUUGAUAAGCAUGGCAGUGGACGCCGUGCCCACUGCCCAGAAGGAGAUUUUCGCGAGGCCGGCGGAGAGCGAGCCAGCAGCCGAGCAGGCGGGGCAUGGCGGCGACCGCGAGGGGCAGCGUUGGGGAGAUCCGGGCGGGAGACGUGGAGGCGGCCGGGCUCACGGCGGCCGACGCGGUGGCCUUUCUCGCCGCGCUCCGCUCGGCGACCGGCAAAUGCGGCGCCGACGCGGCCGCUGCGUGGGCGGCGGUCGUGGCGGCGGGGGUGCUACGGCCGGACCACCCGCACGCGCUCCACCAGCUGGUGUACUACUCCGUCUACGCCGGCUGGGACCGCGCCCAGAGAGGCCCGCCGCCCUACUGGUUCCCCUCCCCGACUGAUUGUAAGCAAACAAAUCUUGGGAGAGUGAUGGAAGAGAAUGGUCCCAAGCUGUUAGGAGCAUCAUAUAAGGAUCCAAUUUCAAGCUUUGGCCUCUUCCACAAAUUCUCUGUUCAGAACCAGGAGGUCUACUGGAAACUGGUGCUGAAGGAGCUCUCUGUCAAGUUCGUACGAGAACCAAAGACGAUUCUAGAUGCAUCAGAUAAAUCAAAGAAGGGAGGGUCAUGGUUCCCCGGCGCAGUGCUCAACAUUGCCGAAUGUUGUCUGCUACCUUGGCCUUCCCAGAACAGGACAGAUGAUAGCAUCGCUAUUGUCUGGAGGGAUGAGGGCUUUGGCGAUUAUCCGGUGAAUCGUAUGUCGCUGAAGGAGCUUCGCACCCAAGUGAUGACUGUUGCAAAUGCCCUUGAUACCAUAUUCCGAAAGGGUGACCGGAUUGCAAUAGACAUGCCAAUGACGUGCAAUGCGGUUAUUGUUUAUUUGGCAAUCAUCCUUGGAGGCUUUGUUGUUGUGGGAAUAGCAGACAGUUUUGCACCCCAAGAGAUUGGCAAUCGCAUGAGGGUCGCAAAAGCAAAGGCAAUUUUUACCCAGGAUUUCAUAAUUAGGGGAGGGAAGAAAUUUCCACUUUACAGCCGUGUCAUGGAAGGGACUUCAGCUAAAGCUAUUGUAAUUCCUGCAACUGGAGAUAGUCUUGGAGUUACACCAAGGAAUGGUGAUAUGUCCUGGAAAGAUUUUCUUUCUUGUGCUGCCGGGAGGUCAUCCAUGUACUCUCCAGUUUAUCAAUCUGCAGACUCCUUAAUUAAUAUACUGUUUUCAUCAGGAACAACUGGAGAGCCAAAAGUUAUACCGUGGACACAACUUUGUCCCAUAAGAUGUGCAGCUGAUACCUGGGCACAUUUGGAUCUUCGACCAAAGGACGUAGACUUGUGGCCUACAAAUCUGGGUUGGGUUAUGGGACCGAUACAAAUAUUCUCAUGCUUUCUAAAUGGUGCAACAUUGGCCUUAUAUCAUGGUUCUCCACUUGGACGUGGUUUCUGCAAAUUUGUGCAGGAUGCCCGUGUGAGUGUAUUAGGAUCUGUGCCUAGCUUGGUGAAGUCUUGGAAGGCAGGGAAUCUUACUCAAGGGCUAGACUGGACCAAAAUCAGGCAAGUUGCUACUUACACUGUUAGGAAGCAUUCAACUUCAUCACAAGCUCCGCUAAAGAAGCUAAAUUUCUAUAAUCGCAGGGUACUUGCUACAACAGGGGAGGCUUCUGAUAUUGAUGAUAAUCUGUGGCUAUCUUCGCGUACCUGUUACAAGCCCAUUGUUGAGUGCUGUGGGGGCACAGAGCUGGCAUCCUCAUACAUUCAAGGGAGACUUUUACAGCCACAAGCUUUUGGAGCUUUCAGUGGUCCAUCAAUGUCCACUUGGUUUGUCAUACUCGAUGAACAGGGAAAUCCAUAUCCUGAUGAUCUACCUUGUUCUGGAGAAGUGGGUCUCUUCCCUUUAUAUUUUGGUGCUACCAAUCGGCUUCUCAAUGCUGACCAUGAUAAGGUUUACUUUGAUGGAAUGCCCAUUUACAGAGGACGGCAACUCCGACGACAUGGAGAUAUAAUCCAGAGGACCGUAGGUGGUUACUAUAUCGUGCAGGGCAGAGCAGAUGACACUAUGAAUCUUGGAGGGAUUAAGACAAGUUCAGUGGAGAUCGAACGGGUUUGUAAUGGCGCCGAUGACGGUCUGCUAGAAACAGUAGCUGUUAGCAUCAAACCUUCUGGCGGGGGACUAGAACAACUGGCUAUAUUGGCAGUGCUAAAAGAUGGAUCCACAGCAUGCGAUGCAAAUCUUCUGAAGAGCAAGUUCCAGAGAGCCAUUCAGAAGAACCUCAACCCCCUUUUCAAGGUGAGCUACGUCAAAAUCGUCCCCGAGUUCCCGAGAACUGCUUCAAACAAGCUUUUGAGAAGGGUCCUGAGGGAUCAGCUGAAGCAAGAACUCGCGAAUCGCAGCAAGCUAUAACGGGCCUGAGGGAUAUCUAUGUCUUUUCAACAGGAAAAUGGAUCUUCAUGAUCCAAGUUUAUUGAACUCACGGCGUGUUACAACGGUUCGAUUCCCUUUCAUUCACAUCGUUGGGGGUGUAGAUUCAUAACACUUGUUAUUGUAUUGUAUGUGUUGAGCUCAUCGGAAGUAAUGAGGUGAUGGCUUGCUAAAAUCGGAUCACUCUGUAUGUUUGAAGGUUUAUAAGCCAUCGUAUUUUCUUA